UUCCUAGACAUCGAUCUUUUACACGUAUACAUGUACGUACGUACAUACAUACAUAUAUGUAUACGUACGUUCUUGGAAGUUUUCUAGCACUGCUCGAGGCAGAGGAAAUAGAGCUAAACAAGUUUAGGUGCAAAAAUGGAAGCUCAACUCAACAGCACACUGAGAAAAAUCCUCCUUGUUGUCAGCUGUUUCAUGCUCGCCAUAGGCAACUGUGGUGGCCCUAUAAUCAUGCGUCUCUACUUUGUCAAAGGAGGCAAAAGAAUUUGGCUAUCAAGCUGGUUAGAAACCGGAGGAUGGCCUAUUACUUUCAUUCCACUAACCAUUUCCUAUUUCCACCGGCGCAAAACAGAAGGGCCAAAUACCAAGCUAAUACAAAUGAAAUGUCCGGUAUUCAUCGCCACUGCCGUCAUCGGCCUUCUCACCGGCUUAGACGACUACUUGUACGCCUACGGGUUUGCCCGCCUCCCCGUUUCCACCGCCACCAUCAUCGUUGCCACACAUCUUGGAUUCACUGCUUUCUUUGCCUUACUUCUUGUUAAGCAAAAGUUUACAGCAUAUUCAGUAAACGCCAUCGUUUUGUUGAGCGUGGGAUCGGGGGUUUUGGCUUUGCAUACAAGCAGCGAUCGGCCUAAGGGUGAGUCGACUAAGUUGUACGUUUUAGGGUUCAUCAUGACGCUUGCAGCCGCGGCUUUGUACGGCUUGGUUUUGCCAAUGGUGGAGUUGAUGUACAUCAAGGCAAAGCAGGCGAUUACUUACACUUUGCUGUUGGAAAUUAAUUUGGUUAUGUGUUUUUUUGCCACUGUUUUCUGCACUGUUGGGAUGCUCGUCAACCGGGAUUUUCAGGCAAUGCCAAGGGAGGCAAAAGCAUAUGAAUUAGGAGAAGCCAAGUACUACGUUGUAAUAAUAUGGGAUGCCAUCAUUUGGCAGUUCUUCUUCUUGGGAGUAAUUGGAGUCAUAUUUUGUGCUUCAUCUUUGCUGUCCGCCAUUAUCAUUGCCUCUUUGCUCCCAGUCACCGGAGCUAUAGCAGUAGUUGCCUUCGACGAAAAAUUUCCCCCAGAAAAGGGUGUUGCUCUUUUCCUCUCUCUUUGGGGAUUUGUUUCCUACUUCUACGGUGCAAUUAAGCACAAGAGGCCCAAGGAGGAGAUAGAGGAUCACAAGAUUAAUCAAUCUCAAGCAACAGAGAUGUCUCCAAUCGUUGCCCCAUGAAUUGAUGAUUCUCUUCUAAUUAUUAGUGAAAGUUUGCUUCAAGUUCAAUAGACAUGUUACUCAACUCGUAGUUGUAAAAUGAACAUAGGCAAUAAGCAACAUUUUUCCUUCCCCUCGCCACCCUCCCCCACUUUAUUUGUUUUAAUAUGCCAGCCGUGAAAACUUAAAAAGCUUUAUCCUCAA